AUGGCAGUUGGUUUAGACUAUUCUUCUGGAACCACAGCUGCAGCUUCUGCUGCUGCCAUCAGAUGGAUGUCAAAAGAUGGAAUUGGUGCCAUUGGAUGUUUUUUCAUUGGUAGGUUUUCUUCAAAAUCUCAUAAAUGGAUACAAAAACACCAAAUUUGUGCAUUACCCAUGAUGGAUUUGCCUUUCACAGGUGAAAGAUUUGGAAAUAUUUUGAUGAUGAUCCAAAACAAUGGCGCAUGUACUUCAUUGGAAGUGCUGGAAGCAUCUUUGAUCUCACUACACCUCUCUAUCCUGCAUAUGUGUUUUAAUGUGAUAUGCAACAUCUUUGAUCUCACUACACCUCUCCAUUUACAAGAUUGA